UAAUAUAUAAUUUACUUUUUUCUUAAAACAAAUGAACUUUUUGUUCAUACUCUAAGUUAUUGAGAUGUACUUAUGGAUGCUUACCAUCACAAGAUGCUAUUUUUAACAAACCAAUUUACAUGUUUCCCAGCAAUGUCACGUAAAAAUCAGACCCCUCACUCUCAAUAUGACAUCUCUCAACUGUUUUUACGCACGGAGAGCGCAAGGAGAAGUUGCGCACGCACCUGAACUGGGAGGGGAGAGGGGUUCCUUCUCUCCGGGCUGCCCGCUCCUUUCUCACCCGCAGUGGGCAACUCCACGACUCUGCCAACCCCUUUUUGAUCCCCCACUUCCCCCUCCGCCGUUCCCCCGAAAAACCCGGUGUUACGUCAGAAAGUGCACGACAGGCAGACUCGGAGGAGCUAAACGUAGAUGUUGCUGCCAAACCCGGCUCGGGGCUGCUCCCGAGCUCACUGCAGCCAAUGCAAUAUAAAAACACAAACUUUUUAAAGCAGCGACAGUAUGCGGUAAGUCAAUUGUUAAUUCAUGCUUGUUCGUCUCCUAGCUGGGAUUUAUUUUUCUCACAGCUUUCUUCACGUGACAGGUCACUGUUGCUGGCACAAUUACGCGCAAAACAGAGCAGGAGAAUAAACGGUGUACAGAUAAGGAGUAGACUGGUUUACUGGUUUGAACAAAAAGAGUAUGAUAUGAUGAUGCAACAGAGAUUUUUGACACACGGAUGUUUUUGCAUUUUUGAAGUUUGAUUCUUUGUUGAUCUGAAAAACAAACAUGCCCCACGCUCGAAAUAGGAACCCUAGUCCCAUCCCGGAGGUAACAUGGGACACGGGACUGAAGGAGAUGAACGAGACGUGGAAAGGGGCAAUAGCCUGUCUGGGGGUGGCUGUCUUCUUUGUAAUGACCAUCGGGAUUAUUUACUGGCAAGUGGUGGACCAGCCCAACAAGAACUGGAUCCUCAGGGGAACUUUCAGCGGAUUGAUCUGGGAGAGAAGAACCCAUUCGCUGGUCAUACAGACUCUGAUGGAGGACAGGACCUACGUGGAGAUAGACGUCGGGAACGUGGGGAACCCCGACAUCGAGGUUCCCUUUGUGAGGAACCUGUGCUGGCUUAAUAAAACAGAGUUCUGCUACACCUGGGACUCGGUGGCCGAGGUGAAGAUCUCGCUGGAGGCGAGCGAGGAUGCAGAGACGGAGUGCUACAGCAUGGCCUGGACGCCGGUGAACUGUCAUGUGGAGCUGAAGGACUGCUUCUCUAUGGCCAAUGUCUCCUGGUACGGCGGCGCGAAUGUCCAGGGUCAGACUUGGCCCAUUAAUGAUCAGAACAUCACAAUGCAGCCCUACAUCGUCAGCAAUCUUAAGGACAGUCCCUCUGGAUAUGGCUCUCCACUGGAACGCUACUUCCUGGGUUCAUCGGGAGUCACAGUGCUUGUGUCUCCUGACAUCCCCAUGCAGCUCGGGUUGGACUGCAGACAGCAGUUCUGCUUGAAGUCGCUGCCUAGUAUGGAGCGCCUCCCUCUCCAGUACACUGUGUGUGUGGCCCGCAACGUUAAAGCCGCUCACCUGGAAGCCGUGCAGCAGCUUUCCGAGCUUAGCAGGGAGCUGCCAAACAUGAAAACGUUGUGGCUGCCGUUCUGGAAGUUCCUCACCAAUGUGGACACGGGGCCGAAAGUGGAGAAGGAACUGCGAACCUUCUCCAAUCGUCUGAGGAGACACCAGUUGGGGGAGGGAGUCAUUAGCCUCAAUGAACAUUCCACCACCCUCCUUUCAGAAAUGGACCACGACUACCUCAACAGCAGGAAAAGAGGGAUGUCCAAGAGACUGACCAGGGACCUCCCACUUGUCAAGCUUCUUAACAUUUCCAUCACCCUGUCUCCUUUCCUGGGCGUGGACACCACGCAGUUCCACAACUCCCUCACUGACGGCACAGAGGACUACUGGCUCAGUCUUCCCUCAGCCACUCAUGGGAAACUGAUCCCUGUGCUGACCCAGUGGCGAGGAAAGUUCUGUGUAAAGCUGAACCUCACUAACCCAGCCGCUGUGAGCUGGUUCCUGGACAGAGUGGAGUCGCUACAGGCCCAUUUAGGGAUGGAGUACAUUGUACUGGAGGGGGCAGAGGGGAAUCUGUUUGAGGAGCAGGCCCUGCGAACACCGCUGGUUCUGAGUGGAGAUAAAUACAUUGAACUUCUGGCUGACAUGGCCACCAGCAUAGGAGACUCCACCAUCAUGACAGCUGGAACUAGGUCAAGCCACAUGCCUCUGUUCAUCAAGAUGGCACCCUUACAAUCUGACUGGAGUCCAACGGGUUUGAGGGCAGUCAUUCCCUCCUUGUUGCACCAUGCCUUGGUGGGAUACAACUUCCUCAUUCCCGAUGCAGUAGGAGGCUCUCUGUCUGGAGACCUGGUCACCGAUAAGGAGCUGUUUAUCCGGUGGCUGGAGAUAGCAGCUUUUCUUCCUGUUCUCAGCUUCCAUACGCCACCCUGGGUCUUUGGUGAGGACCAGGUGUUGAAUCUGACCCGGAUUUAUAUGACAAAGCACCAGACGGAUGUGGUUCCACUACUACAGAAGUAUGCAGAGGAGUGGCAGUUGACCGGAAACCCCAUCUACCGUCCUUUGUGGUGGCUCAGUCCCAGUGACCCCAUGACUUUCACCACCGAUGACCAGUUUUUAAUUGGAGACGAGGUCCUGGUGGCACCAAUAGUGGAGAAGGGAGCAGUCCAGAGGGAUAUUUAUUUACCAGAUGGGGGCUUCCAGUGGCAAGACAGCCAGAGUGAGCAGGUGUUUGAUGGCGGGACGUUUCUGGAGGAUUACCCUGUUCCUCUGGAGGAGGUGGCUGUUUUCUUACGGAGAAGCUGAGUCCUGACUAAUCUCUUUAGUCGCCCAACUGUUACUGUUUUGAAUCAAAUUCUUAAAAAAAUAUUUUUCUGAAAGUGUUCUGAUCUCAACUUGCACUUUUCCACUAAAGACCAUUGACACUGUCUCAACGUCUGACUUGAGAUGACAUGUAGAAAGACUUUUUUUUUUAUACUUGCACUUUAAAGUUUGAAAUUGUUACCCUUUUCUCUUUGUGAUAUGUUUUCUUCCUUUUUUAAGUUAAUCAAUGUUACCUCCCGGCUGAUUUUCUGGGCUUUUAUUUUUUAUUCAAUCAUCUUUCUUGUGUAUAGUUCCUGAAAGAUCUGUGUGUUUACAUACUGCCUUUCAACAGUCUUUAAUUUUUGUUGUUGUUGUUGUUGCUGCUGGUUCUCUUCAUAAAGAGGAACAAAGCAUUGUAGGCUUAAAAGAAUCUCUCCAGAAGACCAAAUGAAGAAAUGGAAAAAUAGAGGAAGACUUUUGAAACAGCUAUUUUUGAGGGAACUGCUUAGUAGAAGAAAACUGGGUCACACACCAAAAGUCACAAAUUGGGAUAUUAGCACUGUGGUAUUGAAGGACUUGCUCAGUCAUUGGAAAAAAGGCUUUUACUUGAACCAAAAGAGCUGAGAGGCAGAUGCUUUAUGAAUGUACCUCAGAUUUCGGAUGCUCACUGCUUUGUGAAGCUGUUACAACAGUUCAUCACCAACUAGCAUGUUUUCAGUGAUUAGUUUAUCUAAUUUAGUACAGCUCUGUUGGACAUUCUUAGUACUGUAUUCACAUGAACUUGAGGCCAAGCCACUGUUUUUUAUAACUGUGCAUAUUUCUGCAUUUAAAUCUGAUUGUUUUUUUGGGGUUUUUUUUACAAUUGAUUAGAGCUGGUGAUGAAUUUAGAAUGCUUUGUUAGUGCAAGAACUAAGCAUUUAUUGGUAAAACUUUGGAAAUUUUCUGAUAGGAUUCUUGUCACAAAUACAGUCUCUGUGUCUUAGUUGGCUUCGUUGGCUCUGUGUCUUUAGACGGCCUCAUUCACAUACGUCAUCCUCUUCGGUUUAAUAGCUUAUUAAUAUUCUGAACCAAUGCUCUUAUAAGAUUUGUGUUUAAAUUCAAAAUCUGCCCAGAUAAAAGAAAAUAUUUUUUACUCAAUAAUUACUUUGUAUUUUUAUAUGGUUGUUGUAGAUGUUUAGAAAAGUUUUUAUUAACUGAUUUGCUCUUUGCAAAACUAUCUUAACUGGCCAGCAGUGAUAUUACAGGCUUUGUGUCUCCAUAUAAAUUAGCUGAGCAGAUAUCAGUACUAAUCAGCUAAUACACUCAGGUCUAAUGAAUCUUAUCAGUUCACCAAAUGUCUUAUAGCGGCUUAGCAUAUUAUGAUCACACUGAUGUCUUAAUCUGUCACAGAGCAGAAUGUACAAUGUGCACACAAGGAUUUUCCAAAGCCUUUCUGGUGAGAAGUUCUAGUUCUGAUGAGAAAUCUUAAAAGAAUGUUUUUGCUCUUUUUAAACAUGUUGCAGGAAGAGCUUUUGCGUGUCGGUCCUUUAAUGUACGGAUGGAGCGAACCAGAUGCCUUAUUAAUGUGCUAAACUUAAAAUUCACACUAAGAUGUGUUUCUGGACUAUUGCUGUAUUAGAAACUGUGCCAUUACAUGUGUUUAUCUUUUCUCUUUUCUGUAAAUUGGGAUUGUAGAAUGAUGCAAUAAAGUUUACAUUUUCUUA